AUCGCUGAUUGGUCGAUUCAUAAUUUCCAUUUUUAGGUCAAAACAUUUCGGGAGAAUUCACUCGUAUUAUCAUUAUUUAUCCUCAAUCCACCGUAACAAUCAGCCCGUCGUCUCGCAGAGGAAUAGAACAAUGUCUACUAGCAAUGUUGAGAAUCUCUCCCCACAAAUGAUCCGUCAGGUUGCCAAAGAAUUGACAGAGUUGCAGAGUGAUCCCCCUGAGGGUAUCAAGGUCUACCCAAAUGAAGAAGACAUUACAGAUAUCCAGGCCACAAUAGAAGGACCAGCUGGUACUCCAUAUGCUGGUGGGAUGUUUAAAAUGAAACUAGUCCUCAGUAAGAAUUUCCCACAUGAAGCGCCAAAGGGAUUCUUCCUCACACAAAUAUUCCACCCAAAUGUGGCCAAAAAUGGUGAAAUCUGUGUCAAUACUUUGAAAAAAGACUGGAAAGCAUCACUUGGUAUCAAACAUGUUCUAUUGACCAUUAAAUGUCUGCUGAUUGUACCAAAUCCAGAGUCUGCAUUGAAUGAGGAAGCAGGAAAGCUACUACUAGAACAGUACGAUGAUUAUUCCACACGAGCACGCAUCUUCACAGACAUACAUGCUAAACCUGCAAGGGAUUCAAAAACUACUGAAACUAAAACAAGUGGGAAAAGUUCUGAUGGGCCCAUGGCUAAAAAACAUGCAGGAGAACGAACAUUACUUGAUAAAAAGAAGAAAGACAAAAGAAAAACUUUGAAAAGAUUAUGAUCUAAAGUCUAACAAAAACAAACGCAAUAUGUACAAAAAAUAUUUAUCAGAAUGUACAAAGCUGUUUUAUAGAAAAGAUAUAUAAAAGCUACAAAAAGUGUAUGUAGAUAAAAUAAUAUAUACAAUUUACUAGUAAUUUAUACGCUAGAUAGCAAUUGUAAAGUUUGCCUCUAAAUCACACUGUAUCUGUGUAGUGAUUUGGAACUACUUUCAUCUUUGUUUUCUAAUCUUUGUCAAAAGGACAAAUUAUUUGAAUGUGAUUUGAAAGGGGCUUGCUUCAAACCGUCUUUGUAUGUUUGCUUAUCUCACUAUAUAAAGCUUUCCAAAUUUUUUAUGACAUCUCCAAAUAACUUACUGAAUAUGUAAAGAAAUGAUAAAUUUUCUAAUCAUUAUCAAAACUGCCUUUUCCCUAUUGCCAUAUUUUGAUGAUAAACAUUAUUCAUUGAAAUGAUGAGACCCAUUGUUGCCAAGGCAACAGGGUGAAAAUAAAUGUAUGCUUGUGUUUUGUUGACCAUUGAGGCUGUGGGGGUGGGAUCUGGGAUAAGGUUAGGGUAAGGUAAGGGUGUUGUCUGGUUAUUGGGUGAAUGUUGACUCGUAAAUGUGAUGAAUUGAAUGUUCUGAAAUGAAUGUUUUCUUUAUUUAAAUAUUUUCUUGUCUACUCUCAGCUGUUACCCUUAAUUUUCACUGUCUGAUUUGUUACUAUCACAUAUUACAUUGAUAAGUUAGUACUCUACUAGUAUAUAGGUUCAACUUUGUAUAGCGCUUGUACAUGCUGUAUGCAACUUCACAAUACUCUAGGUCAAAAUUUUUAUAUUGUAUCUGCUUCUACCUCAUUUUUAUAAAAUUGAAAUCACAAUUUUCAGAGCAACAGAAAUUCUUUUUUUGAUUUUGUAAACAAGUGCAUUGAUGUACAGUCAUGCUCAUAACCAUAAACUGAUAAAGUCUGGUUUGGGGUUUCAUCCUUUUGUGAUUGUAUAAAAGAUAAACGAUCUUCUGUUCUGUAAAACUUGUCAAAAUGAACUUUGUCUGGACUGAUCAAAAUGGAUCAUAUGGCAUUUGCAAUAUGUUUCGAUGAUAGUAGAGUCCAUAGUUUACUUAAAAAUUAUACUUAAAAAAACUUCAGGCUGUCAACUUACACAAAUUUUUCUGUAUAUUGAUGAUUUAGAACUGGCUGAUGCUCUGUAAAUGAUGCUCCAUUUUUGAUAAUUUGGAAAAAAUUGUCUUAAGAAGUUUUAGUUGAAUCCUUAUGGUUCCGGGGUUGGUCUGGGCUGAAGUAGCCUAUGAUAUGAUGGAAACAUCUAUACUUUGUAUUAUAGGCCUAGCCUAUUUUAUACACUUUUCUUGUUUGUAUAUUAUAGCCUAUGCAUGGUUUAUUUAUCAUAACAUUAUUCUACAAACUGUACAUGGUACAUUGUUAUAUUUACGUGUGAUAUUAUUUAUCUGUUUUCAUCUUCUCUCAAAAAUUCUCAUGGUGGUGAUAUAAAGUAUGUAAUCUUGUGUUUUACUAAAAGUGAUUUAUCCAUAUUUUUUCAAAGAACUGAUUUUGAUUUCAGCCAUCUUGUAAUACAAGAA